UCAGAAUUCACAGCAUACAGAAACAAAUAGAAUAAGAGAAACCCUAAUUUUGUCACUCUUCUUCUGAAAAGAAAACCCCCAAAUUCAAUUCAAUUCAAUUCAGCAAUUUGAAACCCUACCCAUUAAUUGAAGAUGAUCGUGAGCCAGAACAUGGUAGCGGAAGCGGAAAUUAUCUGUCAGCAGAGUAUUCCGAUGUUGGAUGUCAAGUAUCAUAUUUGCGUGGCCCAAGAACACAACGUGAAGGUUGAGGUUUCUCCCACCUCACCUUCACCUUCUGCUCCGAUCUUUGGCCAAGCAGUGAGUUGCACUGAGAUCAUUAAAGAUUCCAUUCUGGAGACUCCUGCAAUGAAUUUUAUCCCAAUUGUGCGUUCUGGGAGCUAUGCUGAGAUUGGACCGCGGGUUUCUAUGGAUGAUGAACACAUUUGUAUUGAUGAUCUAGGGGAGCAUCUUGGAUUUGUGUUCAAGUGCCCCAUACCGAGUGCAUUUUAUGCAAUUUUUGAUGGUCAUGGAGGACCUGAUGCAGCUGCUUUUGUUAAGAGGAAUGCUAUGAGAUUAUUUUUUGAAGAUGUGAACAUGCUGCAGGCAUAUGAUACUGAUGCACUUUUUCUAAAGAAGUUGGAGGAUUCCCAUCGGAGAGCUUUUAUACGGGCAGAUCUUGCCUUGGCUGAUGAACAAACUGUCAGCAGUUCAUGUGGGACUACUGCAUUGACUGCCCUUGUGCUUGGGAGGCAUUUGCUUGUUGCUAAUGCUGGGGACUGUCGAGCAGUUCUUUGCCGGAGAGGUGUGGCUGUUGAGAUGUCCAAUGAUCACAGGCCAACUUAUUUACCAGAGCGAAAGAGGGUGGAGGAGUUAGGUGGAUUCAUUGAUGAUGGAUACCUCAAUGGUUAUCUUUCAGUGACCCGUGCCCUUGGAGAUUGGGACUUGAAAUUUCCACUUGGUGCUGCAUCUCCUCUUAUUGCUGAGCCGGAUGUCCGACUGGUUACAUUGACUGAGGCUGAUGAGUUUUUGAUCGUUGGUUGUGAUGGGAUUUGGGAUGUAAUGUCUAGCCAGGUUGCAGUAAGUCUUGUUCGCCGGGGAUUAAGAAGGCAUGAUGACCCACAGCAAUGUGCCAGAGAACUAGUCAAGGAAGCAUUGCGCCUAAAUACAUCAGAUAAUCUCACUGUGAUUAUUAUAUGUUUGUCACCCGUUGAAAGCAUUGUGGAAUCAUGUCCGCCCCAAAGGCGGAGAUUCAAAGCUUGUAGUCUGUCUGAGGAGGCCCGUAAUAGAUUGAAGAGUUUGAUAGAGGGAAAUUGACUGUAAAUGCCAUUUUUUAUAUUCACAAAUGUUCCUUACUUAAAAAAAAAUCUGUUUUUUAGGCUGUUUCAGAGAGCUCAAAAGCAGCCCGCAGUUUUGUAGGGUUAGAAGGGAUAUUUGUAUUCGAUGAGAGAGGUAGAGAGGGGUUUAGACCUAUUUAAUUGGGAGGUGUUUUUUCUGGAUUUUAUGUCGUUAUAUGUAGAGACAAACGUAGUUAAUUUUGGCGGAGUAGAUUCAGUCCCAUUUUACAUUGUUGCUGCUUCUGUAAAUAGAAUUGGUUUAGGCUUUAUCAUCAAUUUUAUGGAGCAUACCAUUACCACCAUGGCUAGACAAUUCAAAUUGUUUUGCAUAUUUACUUGAAUGACAUUGGAUAGCCAAAUGCAUGGUUGAGCCUUGUUUAUGGUUCUUGGAUCCUCCAGUUUUAUGGAUGGAUAUGCUUGGCUUAUCUUAUCAAA